GGGCCUGCCCCGACGGCGCUGACUCAGCAACGCGAGGGGGGGAGUUUUGUCCCUCCGCGGACCCCGUUUCUCUCGGCCACCAUUGAGCCGGUUUCCUUUUUCCGGCGCUCCGGGUGCGAGAGCCAGGUCCAGCCACCUAGGCAGCGGGCUUCAGUGUCACCCCGGCGCUCACCGGAGGACCCCGAAAACUAACGUUACCCUGCGAAGGCAGCGUGGGCGCCAUGAUCAACGCGGGACUGAAUUCCGAGAAGGUAACUGCUCUUAUUCACAAACUAAACUCCGACCCCCAGUUCGUACUUGCCCAGAAUGUCGGGACCACCCACGACCUGCUGGACAUCUGUCUGAAGAGGGCCACGGUGCAGGGUGCCCAGCAUGUGUUCCAGCACGUUGUACCUCAGGAAGGCAAGCCAGUCACCAACCAGAAGAGCUCCGGACGCUGCUGGAUUUUUUCUUGUUUGAAUGUUAUGAGACUUCCAUUCAUGAAAAAAUUUAAUAUUGAAGAAUUUGAGUUUAGUCAGUCUUACCUCUUUUUCUGGGACAAGGUCGAACGCUGUUAUUUCUUCUUGAAUGCUUUUGUGGACACAGCCCAGAAAAAGGAGCCUGAAGAUGGGAGGCUGGUGCAGUAUUUGCUUAUGAACCCUACAAAUGAUGGAGGACAAUGGGAUAUGCUUGUCAAUAUUGUGGAAAAAUAUGGUGUUGUUCCUAAGAAGUGCUUCCCUGAAUCUCAUACGACAGAGGCAAGCAGAAGAAUGAAUGACAUUCUGAAUCACAAGAUGAGAGAAUUCUGUAUACGACUAAGGAACCUGGUAUACAGUGGAGCAACCAAAGGAGAAAUCUCAGCUACACAGGAUGCCAUGAUGGAGGAGAUAUUCCGAGUGGUUUGCAUCUGUUUGGGUAAUCCACCAGAGACAUUCACUUGGGAGUAUCGAGACAAAGAUAAAAAUUAUCACAAGAUUGGCCCCAUAACACCCUUGCAGUUUUACAGGGAGCAUGUGAAGCCACUCUUCAAUAUGGAAGAUAAGAUUUGUUUUGUGAAUGACCCACGGCCCCAGCACAAGUACAAUAAAUUGUACACAGUAGACUACUUGAGCAAUAUGGUUGGAGGGAGAAAAACACUGUAUAACAACCAGCCCAUUGACUUCUUGAAAAAGAUGGUUGCUGCCUCUAUCAAAGAUGGAGAGGCUGUGUGGUUUGGCUGUGAUGUUGGAAAACACUUCAAUGGCAAGCUGGGCCUCAGUGACAUGAACGUCUAUGACCAUGAGUUAGUGUUUGGAGUCUCCUUGAAGAACAUGAAUAAAGCUGAGAGGUUGGCCUUUGGUGAGUCACUUAUGACCCACGCCAUGACCUUCACUGCUGUCUCAGAGAAGGAUGAUCAGGAUGAUGCAUUUGUGAAAUGGAGAGUAGAGAAUUCAUGGGGUGAAGACCAUGGCCACAAAGGUUACCUGUGCAUGACUGACGAGUGGUUCUCCGAGUAUGUUUAUGAGGUGGUGGUGGACAGGAAGCAUGUCCCGGAAGACGUGCUGGCCGUGUUAGAGCAGGAGCCCAUUGUUCUGCCAGCGUGGGACCCCAUGGGGGCUUUGGCUGACUGACUGACACUGCCUCAGCUCUUUCCUCCUCCCAUGGGACAGGAUGUAGCUGCCGAGGACAGAUCCAGGGACUGAAGCCAAAGUUACAUGGGUGACUGUUCCCACAGGACACAGUCAGACUCUUGGAUUUCUAGUCUCCUCCAGGAACCUCUUUGGGAAAGUGUGCUUUGUGCUGAAACAAAAUAUUCAUAAAAGAAAAAAAAAAGGGAAAGAUCGGGUCAUACUGUCUACUCUCAUCUCCAACAGCUCAGGAUCUCCUAGCAUUUUAAUCAGAUAAAACUGUUUGUCCUAACUGUCAAGAACGUCUUCACUGUCUGCUGUAAUAAGACAGAAUCAGAUGAGCAACUGAGGUGCACGGAGAGAACACAGACCUCAUGCUCCUUGUUCCUAGAGUAGAGUGGGAGCGGGUUAACUAGGCAUUGUGCUCUUAACACUGCAUGCUGCCUCACAGAUCUCUGUCCUUCCUGCAAGGCAGUCAUUGAAUUCACCUUUUUCAAGGUAACUUCAUGUGAUUCUAAUAGCCCACGAAUGGAAGGUUGAUCGGGUCUGACAUGAUUCCUUCCUGUUCUGAACUGUGGGGCACAGCUCUGCUUAGGUCAGGUUAAAUAGGCUUAGAGAAAGCAGCCAAGAAAACCCAAACCUUAUCAUGGUCAGUUACAAUCAUCGGGCACUCUUGCCAACUGGUUUAGCUUCUGUCUCUGCAUUGGGGGUCGGGUGGGGCAAGAAAAGCUAAUGUUCGUUCUUUCUGACAACUAGAUGGUGCUGAGAAGCUUUUGAAUAAAAUACUUUGCUAAAUGAGAA